UGGACAAUUCGCCAUCGUACGGAAGUGUAAAGACAAGAGUUCUGGCUCGGAGUACGCCGCCAAGUUAAUCAAGAAGCGUCGCCUGUCGUCCAGCCGCCGGGGCGUGAGCCGCGAGGAGAUCGAGAGGGAGGUGAACAUUCUGAGAGAGAUCCAGCACAGCAACAUCAUCACGCUGCACGACAUCUUCGAGAACAAGACGGACGUCAUCCUCAUCCUGGAGCUAGUGUCUGGAGGGGAACUAUUYGACUUCCURGCAGAGAAGGAGUCUCUAACAGAGGAGGAGGCCACACAGUUCCUCAAACAGAUCCUGGACGGGGUCCACUAUCUACACUCCAAACGCAUCGCUCACUUUGACCUGAAGCCAGAGAACAUCAUGCUGCUUGAUAAGAACGUCCCCAACCCCAGGAUCAAACUCAUCGACUUUGGCAUCGCUCAUCAGAUCAAAGCUGGAAAUGAGUUUAAGAAUAUCUUUGGAACGCCAGAGUUUGUUGCUCCAGAGAUAGUCAACUAUGAACCCCUCGGACUGGAGGCUGACAUGUGGAGUAUUGGAGUUAUCACAUACAUUCUUUUGAGUGGUGCCUCUCCGUUCCUGGGGGAGACCAAGCAGGAGACUCUGACCAACAUCUCUGCUGUCAACUAUGACUUUGACGAGGAGUACUUCAGCAAUACCAGUGAGCUGGCCAAGGACUUCAUCAGACGCCUGCUGGUCAAGGAUCCCAAGAAGAGGAUGACCAUCGAUGACAGCCUUCAGCAUCCCUGGAUCAAGGUGAUCAAGAGGCGGAACGUGCGCCAGGAGGAGAGCGGGAAGAAGCCGGAGCGCAGGCGUCUGAAGACCACGCGUCUAAAGGAGUAUACUAUCAAGUCCCACUCCUCCAUGCCCCCCAACAACACCUACGUCAACUUCGAACGCUUCUCCCAGGUGCUGGAGGAGAUCGCUGCUGCUGAGGAGGGGCUGAGAGACCUGGAACAAAACCAGAGGUCGUGCCGGGAGGACGUGGCUGCUCUCCUGUCUAUCUACGAGGAGAAGGAGGGCUGGUACAAGGAGGAGAACCAGAGCAUCGCCAGCGACCUGGGUCACAUCCGCCAGGAGCUGCAGCGUACCCAGGCCCAGCGCAGGCAGAGUCAGGAGGACGCACGCGCCACCAUGCUGGCUGCUAACGCCCUCAAGAGGAAGUUUGGCCGUCUGGAGAACCGUUACGAGGUCCUGGCAGAACAGGUGGCGUCUGAGGUGCACUGGGUGGAGGAGCUGGUCAGGGGGAUAGAGAAGGAGAAGGACAGCCUCGUCAUGCCCUGAGGCCAGCCUGGCUUCUAGUAUCACUGACCUGGUCAUGCCCUGAGGCCAGCCUGGCUUCUAGUAUCACUGACCUGGUUAUGCCCCGAGGCCAGCCUGGCUUCUAGUAUCACCGACCUGGUUAUGCCCCGAGGCCAGCCUGGCUUCUAGUAUCACUGACCUGGUCAUGCCCCGAGGCCAGCCUGGCUUCUAGUAUCACUGACCUGGUCACGCCCCGAGGCCAGCCUGGCUUCUAGUAUCACUGACCUGGUCAUGCCCCGAGGCCAGUCUGGUUUGGUACAGACAACGGUCUUAUAUACCAGCUGUCAUUAGAUUCAGAACAAAGGCCCGGAGUUUUUCUGGUGAGGGAAAACUCUGGCCCCUGAUCAUAAGCCAUGAUGCUAACCCAUCAGACAUUUGAUUAGGAGAAAUGAUCCCCCCUCCCCAUCUUCCCUUUCUAAUGAGACUACCAACGAUGUAUAGAGUCCCUCCCUACUAUGAAUACAUUUAAUCAACAAAAUAUGUGUUUAAAGAAUGUCCAUUCCAGUAUUUUCUCAAUUAUUUCAUAACGUUGAAAAUGGUAAAGAUUGUGAUUCAUUUUUGCAGUAUAUUUGGUUAUUAAGAUGGUGAUACAGGUUUUCUGCACCUGCAAUAAUUCUAUAGUUUUUAGCCCCAUACUUAAAGGGAUAUUUAUCAUUAACAGCUGACUAUGAUUAACCAAUAAGGCCCGAGGGGGUGUGGUAUACGGCCAGUAUACCGUGGCUAAGGGCUGUUCUUAYACACGAUGCAACGCGG